CCGUCAGGGAGGGCGCGUGUCCCAGAGGGGCCGGUAGUGGAGCCGAGGGCAGGGAGAGCUCGGCCGCCGCCAUGAAGAAGAGCGUGCCAGGCAGCAUGGCCCGCCUGACCGCAGGCUGUUUGCCAGUACCACUGUUCAAUCAGAAAAAAAGGGCCCGGCAGCCCUUCACAUCCAGCCCAGGUGCCGCCUCUGAGACUCAGGAUUUUCCGCCUCUGCCAACAGAUUUCGUCUGGGAAAUGAUGAAGCCCGAGGUGCCGCCGCCGAAGAAGAUGAUGAAAGCCGGGCAACCGUCGCCUACACAAGAGAGUGGGUUUAACCGAGACCAACUGGACAUGGCACGAGGUCACAAUUGGAGUAGUUGGAGCCAUAGAGAAGAGAGUACAAAGGCUUGGGACAGAAAUGAGUUUGCACCUCCAAGGAAAAGCUCGUGUUCGGUGGCCAGCAGUGGCCCCGGUGCUGGUCUGGCGACUUUGGAAACAAAUCAGAGACGGUGGGGCCAUCCUCAGGCGGCAGGUGCCCGAGGGCUGGGGAGCGGCGGCAGCUCAUCGCAUGUGGCGAGAUGCAAUUCUCAACCGGGUCAACUUAAGAGAAGAAGCUUUGGGAACACUCCAGAGGAAAAAGGCAUUAAGGAAGUGCCAGGGUGCCAGCUCAUGCUGAAGGAAGACGACACUUCUCUUAGAAUUCUGCCGGCCGUCAUCGAAAGUAUGAAGCUCUGGAAGGAGCGCCUGCCCCACUGGCCACUGCUCUUUGAAGUGUUAGGCACUCUUGACUCAGCUGUUACAUCAGGUGCACACGGUGCCAAGACCUUUCUCCUGAGAGACGGAAAGAGCACCGUGCCAUGUGCGUUUUAUGAAAUCGACCGCGAGCUUCCCAGGCUGAUAAGAGGCCACAUCCAUAGGUGUGUGGGCAGCUACGACCCAAAGAGGGGCCUCCUCCAGUGUGUGUCCGUCAGGCCUGCAUCUGCUUCCGAGCAAAGAACGUUCCAGGAGUUUGUCAGAACCGCGGACGCCAAGCUGUCCUAUUACGCCAGCGCCAUGAGCGAGAUGUGAACAAGCCGGCCUUCUGUGAGGCAGCGACACCUCCAGGCAUACCUUUAGUAAGCGCUGCUGAGUUACUUGAAUGUUGAAUUUUUCACGGUUUCUGUUAUUUAUUACAUAGGUAGUGUUGGGCCAGGUUAGCCUGUUUACAACUGUACCAUCUUUUGUAAAUAAAGUGAGUUUAACUUCAGCA